AUAAUAAUAAAUAAUAAUAAAUUAAUGGAGAAAUUUCAGAUCCAGAAAACCAGGUGAGCUCACAUGAAACACGAGCUUCUUUCUGAACAUGACACGCCAUAGAUUCACGAACCCAUCUCUACUUUCAGCUUAUCCUUCGCAUCAUUAGUCAGUUGAGUUUCGUGUCAUUUUGAGAUGGGGAAUAAGUUUUGGUUGAACGGAGAGGACAAGGCUGUCGUGGAGAGUGUGUUGGGCAGUGAAGCGACCGAAUAUUUUGCGUGGUCGGCUUCUAACAAUGUCCUGUCUGAAUUCUCUGCCUCUGGUGGUGAUCUCGGAGUGCAGCAAACACUGUGCAAGAUUGUCGAUGGAUCUGAUUGGACAUACGCCAUAUAUUGGCAUGUUUCAAGAUCUAAAUCCGGCAAAUCGGCACUAAUAUGGGGUGAUGGGCAUUGUCGAGAGCCCAAAGAAGGCGAGUACGAUACUGGUAAUUUUUCCGAAGAUGGGAAAAAACCAGUCGAAGGAGAUUGCAGAAAACGGGUGCUUCAAAAGAUCCAUGCUUGUUUUGGUGGAUCCGAAGAUGACAACGUUGCUGCUAAAUUGGAUCAAGUUUCACAUGUCGAAAUGUUCUAUCUCACAUCUAUGUACUUUGCUUUCCCUUUCGAUAAGCCUUCAAUUCCGUCACAGUCUUUCAACUCUGGCAGAACUAUUUGGGUUUCCGAUAUGAAAAGCUGCCUCGAGCGGUAUCAAUCGAGGUCAUAUUUAGCCAAGUUAGCUGGUUUCGAGACAUUGGUGUAUAUUCCGUCGAAAUCAGGGGUUAUCGAGAUUGGUUCCAGAAAGUCUAUACCCGAAAACCAAAGCAUCAUUCAGUCUGCAAAAUCUAUUAUUGUGAAGGUGAAUUCAACGCAUGCGAAACCUUUUCUUCCAAAAGUUUUCGGGCAAGAACUCAAUCUUGGAGGUUCGAAAUCGAGUACAAUAAGUAUUAGCUUUUCUCCAAAGGUGGAGGAUGAUUCUGUGCUCUCUUCAGAAUCAUAUGACUUGCAAGUUUACGGAAAUUCUUCGAACGGGCACCGAACUGAUGAUAUUGAUGCAAAGAUAUAUCCACACUUGAACAUGGACCAAAUUGCCGAGAAUUCAUUUGUUCUCUCCGAUGACCAAAGACCUAGAAAAAGGGGUCGAAAACCAGCUAACGGCAGAGAAGAGGCAUUGAACCACGUCGAAGCAGAAAGACAGAGACGAGAGAAGCUUAACCAGCGCUUUUACGCACUAAGAGCAGUAGUUCCUAAUAUAUCAAAGAUGGACAAAGCAUCUCUACUCGGUGAUGCAAUUGCUUACAUCACAGAUCUUCAGACGAAGGUGAGGGUGAUGGAAGCUGAGAAAGGGGUGGUGAAUAAUAAUAACAAUAAGCAACACGAGAGUAAUAUACCAGAUAUUGAUUUUCUUGAAAGGCACGAAGAUUCAGUUCUACGAGUAAGCUGCCCUCUGGAAUCUCACCCUGUAUCAGGAGUUGUGAGGGCGUUGAGAGAGAAUCAGGUGGCGGCACACGAGUCUGUUAUCUCUAUAAACGAGGGCGGUGAAGUUGUUCACACGUUCACCAUUCAAACACCUGGCGGUGGCGCUGAAGAGUUGAAGGAUAAGUUGGCUGCUGCUCUCUUGAAAUGAUUGGGUUAUAAAGUACGUUGCUCAUGUAAGAUUUUAUCUUGUGUAAUUUUAGGGGAGUGCCCCUAAUUAUUAACUAAUGAGUGCACUUGCCAUUAGUGAAGAAAAAUUAUAGGUUAUUUGUUGUCCAUAUAAUCAUAUCUACAUCAUUUAUAUGGUUAUUAUUUAUUAGUGAUCGACAUGAUUAUAUGGUUGUUAGUGAUUUACUCGCCUUUUGAUGUAACACCAGUAACAUACAAGAUUUGCUUUUAAUACCACGGGUUGUGUUUAUGCCCAUUUCUGUUAAAAUUGUACGGGUUUUCUGAAUGUAUCUUGUUGUUAAUGAAAUGUAUGCUUUUAAU